CACCAGGAAAACACCUGACAGGGACACAACCACUUCAUUCUGUCCCUGUCAUCUGACCGGACACAGCUAUAGUUUUGGCUCAGGAAGAGAUAUGUGACCCAUUCCUGUGUAAGUCCUCUGACUUUGGAUCUAAGCAGGCAGCAGAUUGGGUUGGUUUUUUGAAAUGAAUGAAAGCCAGUCCUCCUGUGCUGUUCAAAUUGGUGAAGGAAAGUCCUGUUCCAGGGCUGAAUUUUCCUUGUUUCUGAACACCUACAACUGCUUUCUUAAAGACAAAACACACCUGCACCUUGUUGUCUGUGAGAAUGCAGGGCAGGUGACAUUUGAAGGCAUUCUGGUCAUUUCAUGGGGAGUAAAGAGACCCAUUCGGCUAAAAAUACAAGAUGAGAAACAGAUUUUUCCAAAUGAGUCUUCAGUCAAGUCACCAGAUCCCAUCAGUCCACUUGGAAGCAAGAGGGGUAUGACACGUUGGGGAGAAUUUGAUGAUCUUCAUCAUAUUGAUGAACUGGAAGAAGAUAUUCAGGAUGGAUCCAAGAAACCUGACAAUCCCACUGAAGACUACAUUGAAUAUGAGAGCAAGACUUUAAGACUUCCUCGGCCCAGGUUAAUCAGUGACAAAAGUUCAAAUCUGUUCCGAACCAUGAGUGACGCCUCACUGGUGAAGAUGAGGGUGAAGAGUAAGAAGAUGGUAGAACGACAGAAGAACAGAAACAAUCGCUUCUCCAUCAAUGGACACUUCUACAACUACAUGACAUCCAUUUUCACGCCAUCAUAUGGAGCAACCACAAAUGUCCACAUUAACAGCAAGAUGACAACACAAGAGGUCAUUACACAACUGCUUCACAAAUUUAAAAUAGAAAACAGUCCUAAUGAAUUUGCUCUCUACUGUAUUCAUCAAAGUGGAGAGAAAAAAAGGCUAAGCAGUUCAGAUUUUCCAUUGUGGGAGCGUCUUCUUCAGGGACCUUCAAACAGCAUUAUGAAGAUGUUCCUCAUGGACACAGACGAACAGGAAAUUAGUCUUGAUGUGGCUCAAUACCUCAAUUUAGAGCUGCCAAUUUUAAGGGUAAUUUUGCAGAAGCUGGAAGAGCAAGAGAAUCAAGAAUUACAAAGGAUAAUUUCAAAGUAUGAACAUCAACGCAAUCUCUUAUUGCAAUGCUUGAAUAAAAAGUUGAUUAAGACUGAGACAGCUGUAUAAAAAAAGACUUAAGAGAGACAUGAGCAACAUGAGACUGUUUUCCACUUGGUGUGAUCCAAAGACUAUAAGAUGAAAUGGAAAAAAACAUGACAUCACUGGAACGAUUUCAAGACUAACAAGAGGAAUCAUUUGAGAUGUUGAGAAGUGCACAUAGGACAUGUUUAAAACUGUUUUACUCAUAUAGUUGUGCUUAUAAUGUAAAAUAGUUUUCACUUCAGUGUAAUUACAAUAUUUAUCAUGUGUCAAACCAAAUAAAAUGCUAUUUGACUUGCAGUUUGAGAAUUAACUAUAAGAUUUGCACUGUGGUUUGCUCUCAAGCAUUCUCAUUCUUGAAAAUGUAUAAAAACAGUCACUGGAAAAAAAAAAUCUUUAGUUUGAAAAAUAAAUAUGGACACUGUUGCUAAGGGAAUGUUGUGUUUGGAAAAGUAUUCUACUAGACUAGACAUAGUAUUCUGGCAAACAUCUUCGCUAUCUGUUAACAAGAGUUUCUAAAUAUUCGUAGUGCAUAACACUUUUCUGCUUGGCUAAAUUUAUCAUUUGAUAUGAUUGUUUUUGUAUACACUCUUAGAAGAAAAGGUUCCAUUUAGAACCCAAAAGGGUUAUAUCACUCUCUUCAUAUUUGGAACCCCUAAAAGGUUCUAAAUAGAACCCUUUUAAAGGGUUCCAUCAAACGAACCCUAAAGAGUUCUUUGAGCCAAGUUUUUAAGGGUUCUAAACAUGGAAUCGUAACAUUUGGUUUUUGUUUAGUUUUUAAAUUUAGUUUUUGUUUAUUACCAGUUUAAAGUUUAAUAGAUAUGUGAAUUAAAAAGUUCAUAUGCAAAAAGGGUGCAAAAAGGUACUUUUUUUGGAACAUCUUUUAAAAUAGGACCUUUUUCGCAUAAAGGGUUCUUUGGAGCCAAGUAAAGAACCCUAGGGUUCUAUAUAGAACCCCAAAGAACCUUUUUUUUUUUUUUUUAUAAGAGUGUAGUCUCAUUAACAUUUCUUUGAACUUAUAAAAUUCUUACCUUUAUUAAAAAAAAAAAAAAAAGAAAAGAAAAGAAACUCAGGUAUUGAAGUUGCUUGCAUAUUUAAUUUACUUGUGCUUUGACAAAACAUUUUGUAUUUUUUAUCUUAUACAAAAUAGAAAGUACUGAAUUAUUAGGGUCAAAACAUACAUGUCCUUUCAAAGGGAUAUUGCUUUAAAAUCGGUGUCAAUUCAUUUUACAAAAAGUCUCCAGCCUACAAGUGAUAAAUCAAUCAAAAAAAAAAAAAAAAAUGUUU